AGGAGAAACAUCUAAGAGGCUUAACAUGAGCCACUGUGAGCCUUACAUGACCAGGAACAGUAACUGUCCCACUACAGCUAUACGGAAUGAGAGCCAGGACUACCUGCUGAUGGAGACAGAAGAUGGGGUGGACAACUCAGUGCAUCCCUAUGGCUAUUACCCUAUGCGAAGUACAGAAAGUAGACUAUCCCACCGACGACAAACCUUACUACGGGAAAAGGGCAGAAGGCAAGCUAACCGCGGACCUGCCUAUAUGUUUAACGACAGGUCUACAAGUCUUUCAGCAGACGAAGAGCGGUUUCUGGAUGCAGCAGAAUAUGGUAAUAUCCCGGUUGUACGCAAAAUGAUGGAAGAAUGCCUUUCCCUAAAUGUUAAUUGUGUGGAUUAUAUGGGACAGAAUGCUCUCCAAUUAGCAGUGGCCAAUGAGCACCUGGAGAUCACGGAACUUUUACUCAAAAAAGAAAACUUAGCGCGGGUGGGAGACGCCUUGCUUUUGGCCAUCAGCAAAGGAUAUGUACGGAUAGUAGAAGCAAUACUCGGCCACCCAUCUUUUGCUGAAGGCAAGCGUCUCACGACGAGCCCUAGCCAGUCGGAAUUCCAGCACGAUGACUUUUACGCCUACGACGAGGACGGGACGAGGUUUUCACAGGAUAUUACACCGAUUAUCCUGGCUGCACACUGUCAGGAAUACGAGAUUGUGCAUACGCUUCUGAGGAAGGGAGCUCGCAUCGAAAGACCUCACGAUUACUUUUGCAAAUGUACUGAAUGCAGCGAGAAACAAAAACAUGACUCGUUCAGCCAUUCCAGAUCCAGGAUCAAUGCCUACAAAGGACUUGCAAGCCCGGCGUAUCUUUCAUUGUCCAGUGAAGAUCCGGUUCUGACUGCAUUAGAGCUCAGCAAUGAAUUGGCUGUGUUGGCAAACAUUGAAAAAGAGUUCAAGAAUGACUACAAAAAAUUGUCUAUGCAAUGCAAGGACUUUGUUGUUGGACUUCUUGACUUGUGCAGAAACACAGAGGAGGUCGAAGCCAUUUUAAAUGGCGACGUCGAUACGAACCAUGGUUUGCUAGAUGCAAAUGGCCGUCCCAGCCUUUGUCGUUUAAAACUUGCUAUUAAGUAUGAAGUUAAGAAGUUUGUGGCUCAUCCAAAUUGUCAACAGCAACUGCUGUCAAUCUGGUAUGAAAAUCUAUCGGGAUUACGACAGCAGACCACAGCCGUGAAAUUUCUGGUUGUUUUAGGUGUUGCAAUAGGUUUGCCGUUUCUCUCAAUGGUUUACUGGAUUGCACCCUGCAGUAAGCUCGGUAAAAUAAUGCGAGGCCCUUUCAUGAAAUUCGUAGCUCAUGCCGCAUCUUUCACCAUUUUCCUGGGUCUGCUGGUUAUGAAUGCGGCCGACAGGUUUGAAGGCACCAAGAUCCUUCCUAAUGAGAGCAUCACGGAUCAUGCAAAGCAGCUGUUUAGAAUGAAAACAUCCUGCUUCUCCUGGAUGGAACUUCUCAUUAUUUCCUGGGUAAUAGGUAUGAUUUGGUCAGAAUGCAAAGAGAUUUGGUCACAAGGUCCCAGGGAAUACAUGUUUGAGCUGUGGAAUAUCCUUGACUUCGGAAUGUUGGCAAUCUUCGCUGCAUCAUUCAUUGCCAGGUUUAUGGCCUUCUGGCAUGCCUCCCGGGCACAAAAUUAUGUUGACGAUGAUGAGAAUAUCAAGGAUGUAGCAAGUGCCACCUUGCCUCCUGAAAUAAAAUACUACACCCUAGCCAGAAUAAAAUGGCUGCCGUCAGAUCCCCAAAUCAUAUCUGAAGGCCUCUAUGCAAUCGCCGUCGUUUUAAGUUUCUCCAGAAUUGCCUACAUUUUACCAGCUAACGAAAGCUUUGGACCUCUACAGAUAUCACUUGGACGGACUGUCAAAGAUAUCUUCAAGUUCAUGGUGAUAUUUAUCAUGGUUUUUGUGGCCUUUAUGAUCGGAAUGUUUAAUCUGUAUUCUUACUACCUUGGAGCCAAACAAAACGAUGCCUUUACCACAGUUGAAGAAAGCUUUAAGACUUUAUUCUGGGCUAUUUUUGGACUUUCCGAAGUGAAAUCAGUCGUAAUCAAUUACGGACACAAAUUCAUCGAGAAUAUCGGUUAUGUGCUGUACGGCGUGUACAAUGUAACCAUGGUCAUUGUCUUGCUGAACAUGCUCAUCGCAAUGAUUAACAGUUCGUUCCAAGAGAUCGAGGAUGAUGCGGAUGUGGAGUGGAAAUUCGCCAGGGCUAAACUUUGGUUUUCCUACUUUGAAGAGGGGAGGACUCUACCGGUUCCAUUCAAUUUGGUUCCAAGUCCAAAAUCCUUUGUGUAUAUUGGACUCAGAAUAAAAACAAUUGUGUAUAAACUGUUUUCUUGCCACACUAAGGGCUUGCAGGAAGAUUCUGAGAUGAAUAAGCUUGGCCAGAGCAAACACUCAAGUAUAAGGAGUUCUGAAGAUGGUAACCUGAACAAUAUAAGUAACCCAUCGCCCACAAGGUAUCAGAAAAUAAUGAAGCGGCUGAUUAAAAGAUAUGUGUUAAAAGCACAGGUAGACAAGGAGAGUGACGAAGUCAACGAAGGGGAGUUAAAGGAAAUCAAACAAGAUAUUUCGAGCCUGCGUUACGAGCUUCUCGAAGAAAAAUCUCACAACACCGAAGACCUGGCUGAACUUAUUCGAAAACUUGGAGAAAGACUGGCAAUCGACCCUAAACUUUAAUAAAGCAACAAAUGGCUUGCAUUGCAGCACAAA